CUUUUUCAGAGUUUAGUUAUGGGUGUGAGAGGGUUGCAGGGGUUCGUGAGGAGUACCUGCCCACAUGUGUGUACAGUCGUCAACCUCAAAGAGAUGGCCGAACACCACCUCAGCAGGCACCCAGCAUGUACCCCAACCAUCGUGGUGGACGCCAUGUGCUGUCUCCGGUACUGGUACACUCCAGAAUCUUGGAUCUGCGGUGGCCAGUGGCGAGAAUACUUUGCUGCUUUGCGAGAUUUUGUUAAAACCUUUGAAUCCGUCGGCAUCAAGUUGAUAUUCUUCUUUGAUGGCAUGGUGGAACAGAAUAAGAGAGAUGAGUGGAUCAAACGAAGGCUUAAGAACAACAAGGAGAUUUCCAAGAUUUUCCAUUACAUAAAGUCACGCAGGGAGCAGCCAGGCAGAAAUAUGUUCUUUAUCCCCUCUGGGCUGGCCAUAUUUACGCGAUUUGCUCUGAAGGCGAUGGGUCAGCAAACCUUGUGUUCAUUACAGGAGGCAGACUACGAAGUGGCUUCCUAUGGUCUCCAGCAUAACUGCCUUGGGAUUCUUGGGGAAGACACUGAUUACUUGAUUUAUGAUACUUGUCCCUACUUGUCUAUUAGUGACCUCUGUCUGGAGAGUCUCAACACAGUCAUGCUGUGUCGGGAGAAGCUUUGUGAGAGUCUGGGCCUCCACCUGGCUGACCUGCCUCUGUUGGCCUGUCUGCUUGGUAAUGAUAUCAUCCCGGAGGGCAUGUUUGAAAGCUUUCGGUACAAAUGCUUGUCUUCCUAUACGUCUUCAAAAGGGAGCUUUGACAAAAAGGGUAACAUUAUCUUAGCUGUGUCCGACUACAUAUCCAAAGUUCUUCAUUUGCAUCAAGGUGAGAGAAAAUUAGAAGAGAUGUUACCUUUGGGACCAAACAAAGCUCUUUUUUAUAAAGGAGUAGCAUCAUAUCUCUUGCCAGGAAAAAAAUCUCCAUGGCUCUUCCAAAAGCCCAAAGGUGUAACAGUGUUGGACAAGCAAGAAGUAUCUCUGAGUUCAGACCCUGCAUCCCCCCGAGGGGCUCCCACUUGUACAGAGCCUGAGUCUAGCCAGGACAUCCUAGUGUGUGCAGAUCCUGAUUCCAAGGAGAAGGUUCUAGUACGUGUAGAUCCUGAAUUGAAGGAGGAAGUUCUCGUGCGUGCAGAUCCUGAAUGUAAGCAGGAAGUUCCCAUGCAUGCAGAUCCUGAAUCCAAGCAAGGAGGUCCCAUGUGCACAGAUGCUGACUCUCAGCAAGAAGUUCACACGUAUCUAGAUCCUGAGCCCAAGCAAGGACUCCCCAUAUGUGUACAUCCUGAAAUAAGCCAGCAGUUACCUGUGGGAACAGACCCUGAAUUUAAUCAAGAAGCACCCAUGUGUGUACACCCUGAAGUUAUACAAGAAGAUCCUAUGACUAUGGGGCCAGAAAUAAAAGAGCAAGUGCCCAUGGUUUCAGAUCCUGAAAUCUUAAAGAUCGCUAGGACCCAGCAUGUCCAUGCGGAAAGCUACCUGGUGUACAGCAUCCUGAGCAGUGGUGAGAUUGAGUGCAGCAACACGCUGGAAGACGAGCUGGACCAAGCCCUGCCCAGCCAGGCCUUCAUCUACCGUCCCGUGCGCCAGCGCGUCUACUCAGUCCUACUGAGGGGCUGCCAAGAUGGUACCAGUGCCGCCUACCCGGUGGUCAAGGAGUGGUUCGUGUACCCUGGAAACUCGCUGAGGCGCCCGGACCUCGUCAGGCCUCUGCAGAUGACCAUCCCAGGAGGAGUGCCUAGUUUGAAAAUCCUGUGGCUGAAUGAGGAGCCGGCUGUGCAGGCACAGCGCCUGGACAUUCUCCUGUCCUGUUUCAAUCUCUCCUCCUCACGGGAAGAGCUACAGGCCGUUGACAGCCCACUGAGAGCUCUGUGCUGCCUCUUGAUCUACCUCUUCAUCCAGAAAGGCCUGCCUGCCCUGGCGCGACCAGGCAGGUCUCAUUUGCCUGAAGCAGAUCACCGUGUGGACACUCUUUGCCUAGAGGAUUUGCAUGCAUUUAUUGCUCAGGCCUUGUGCCUCCAAGGAAAAUCAACUGCGCAGCUCAUAAGCUUACAGCUUGAAUACAUCAACUCCCGCGCUGUGCAGCUUGGGUCCCUCCUCGUCCGAGGCCUCACCACUCUGGCUCUGGUGAACAGCGCUUGUGGCUUCCCCUGGGAGAUGAAUGAGUUCAUGCCCUGGAAUGUGUUUGAUGGGAAGCUUUUUCAUCAGAAGUACCUGCAGUCCGAAAAGGGGUAUGCCCUGGAGGUUCUUCUGGAGCAAAACCGAUCUUGGCUCACCAAAUUUCACGAUCUGAAGGCAGUGGUGUGCAAGGCCUGCAUGAAGGAGAACCGUCGCAUCGUGGGCCGAUCGCACUGGAACUCGCACCAUACAGGUGGGCAAGGGCCACACAUUCACUUCCCUCAGCUUGGUGCUCUUGAUAGGCCCAGCUCUUUCCUGAGGCUUACUGGUAGGGGAUUCCAAGAAGGGCUAGGCCCAGUGGCACACACACCUGGGAGGCUGAGGCAGGAAGAUGGCAGUGCCCAGGAGGCUAGCCCAGGCUACUCAGUAGCCUGAACUACAGAGUAAAGCCAGACUAAAGAAAAGAAGGGGGAAGAAAGAAUUCUGAGAGAAAGAUGAAGAAAUGACAAGAAAGGAUUACAAUUAAUAUGGUAAGAGUUCUACUUAGUACUUUAAAUCCUGGCCCCAUUUAGAAACAAAAUUUCAGAAAAGGUUGAAUUAUUCACUGAAUAAUUAUUCUCAUAUUUGUUCUCAUUCUCUUUCUCUCCCCCUCCCUCUCUUCUCCUCCCCUCCCCCUCCCCCCCUCCCCCUUUCCCUCUCUUCCUCUCCCUCCCCCUCCCCCCCCACUUCCUGCAAUCCUCCAGAGUGUAGAGGCCACCUGGUAGUGCUUGUUAACUUUACAAAAAUUUAGCUUUAGUUUCUCCUUGUGAAAGAGCCAUGUUAGAAAAAUCUAAGGGGUGAAGAAUAUAAUGAAAAAAUAAGAGUGCUCUCUGCUUCUGUCACCUAAAGUGACUGUGCUAACAGAUGAUGCAGUUCUGCAGCAUUUUCCUUUGCUUUUAUGUCAUGGUUGUUACUCGAUGCAGUUUUGGAUCCUGCUUUUCCAGGUACAACUUAACUUACCAUAACAGUUGUGAUAAAAAGAAAAUUUUUCAAUAGUAGCCAUGGACUCUUCCCCUGCUCAACAGACCCUGUGUAUUUACCACUUGGCCUAUUUUUCAGGCUGCAGCUGUUUCCAUUUUUCUUAUUCACAUUGCCUUUGUGUGCAUUAUUUCCUUAAAAUAAAGUGUCCUGUACAGUUUGCAGAAUCAUAGAUCAGAAUGUAAUCGGAUUUCAGGUACACAUUGCAGCUUGUGUUCUCAAGCCUUGAUUAUGCCCUGCCUUCACCAGCAGUAAGAGUCGGAGGUAGCAACCUUGACAACAUUUAAAAACUUAAAAAAAAUUUUUUUUACUGAUUUGUUAGAUUGAAUGCUUGUUUUUUGUGGAGUUGGACAUGCUUAUUUUACUGAUAAGAUUCUGCUUGUUUUUCAUGUCCUCCUUUGGUUAGUAUCUGUAGCUGCAAGUACAGUAGACCUGUUAUUUUAUUGACAGGUAAGAGAACUCACACCAGCCUCCUAGCCACCAGCCCUUCCCAGGAGCCCUCAUGGUGCCGGCGCACACCAGGUGUGAGCGGCCACUGGGCGA